CCACUCAUUCCACCGUGUGUGUAUAUACCCUAUAUGCUUAUUUUUCUAUGGACGUUUGGUAGAUCACGCUACAUGUAUAUGGUCCAGCAACAGCAACUGCAUUUAAAGGAGGCAACUGCUAGCAGAAGAAACAUGCAGAAAUGACGUGUCAAUUCUAGACUGACAAGAUACAGAAGAACUCUUGGCAGCUCCUUGAUUGACUACCACCGGCUUCUCCAACGCAAACGACAGUUCUUUAUUUCAUUGUGGCAAGUCUAAGAGCCUGCCCAUCAGUGAUAAUUAUUGAUGAGUCUAGCUAUAACCUCAUCCUCUAUGCUUCUGACGUGCCAUUCUUUACUGAGACGUCUUCCUGACCAGUUGACUCACUUUCAUCAGAGCAAAACCUACAGCCACGACCUAAUUCUUCAAGGAUGUACAAGACGUUCAUUCAAGCGUUGUUUCACAGCGACAUCUGCAGACCGACGUCGAAAAACAUGUUCUUUUGCUCAGCAUGGAACGCGAAGAAGGACAAAACCAAGUACCGUGCAGAACUCGAAGAAUCGCCCGGAUCGCGGCGGCGUCUUGUUAAGAGCGGCGAGAAAAGCGUCGAUGACGACUCUGACCUUUCUGACACGGAUGAGGCUUACUCGAGUGCGGCGGAGGUGGACAGUCCGACUGUCAAGUCUGAUGUCACAAAGUCUUCCGGCGUUAGGCGGCUUACACCGCGAACGGGGGGCGGAGGUCUCGUUACGGAGGUGUUGCUCGAUUUCGAACCGCUUCCUAAUCGCGAAGGACGGGAAUUGGCCGUCAAGAAAGGAGACGUCGUGCGAGUUUUGUUCCGAUCCGGACAGUGGCUAUACGUUACUAUGGGUCUGGGUAAAGAGGGAUACGUUCCUGCCGGCUAUUGUCGUGCUUUCGCACCACCCGAACUGCAAGCGGCUGGAAGUGAUGAUUGUAAACAAAACGAGCAGCAGGGACAGACCGCCCGUGUCGCCGGAUCUGGUGCUAGCGAUUCGAAAUUUGAGAGGGGCAAGUGCGUCGUCGCUCUGUAUAAUUUUGUCGCUCAGGAACAGCACGAUCUCGACAUGCUGAAGGGAGAUUGCCUAACUGUGACACACUCUGGUGACGGAGAAUGGGUGUGGGUGAAGAACGGUGACGGUAGAAAGGGUUGUGUUCCUGCAACGUACAUCGCCGUGAAAGAUUCCGUCAAGCCGACGCGGAAGUUGUCGACUUCGUCAGAUGACAGGCGAGAUAGCGAGUUGCUUCUUGACAUUUUGUCGACUAUACAGAAACGGCACCGAAAUCCAACCGCCCCGACGACACGUUCGAAAUCGAGUGACGCCUCCAAGUCGCAUUCGACCGCCAGAAGUCAGCAAUCAUAUGAAAACGUCGGCAUUCCAGGACGAGCGUCUGUUCGAGCCCACUCCGCCUUGGAUCUGAGAGAAAUGGGCACUCGUAUGGCAACUGCUGGAGUACCUGUCAAUCGUCAGCGUCAACGACAGAACCCACAACUUCGUCGCUUUGCUCCGAAAUUGCAGCGACCAGAUUUGGCGCCUAUCAAGGAGGCGGAGCUUCACAGCAAUAGACUCAGAGGAGACAGACAGGAGGUGAGGAUACCUUCCCCCAGCUGUGAUCACACUUCCAGCCAGGAGGCUGAAAUAUUGGAUGAAAGUAGAAGGCCUAAAGAGAAAUCUGAUGCUAGACAAAGAAGAAAGACUGUUGGUGGCUCGAGCUACAUGAAAUAUCCCAACAGAUCAACAUCCUUUCAACACGGUACUGCUGGUAGGUAUGGAAGACAGUUACAGGAGAAGAUUCUCAGUAGUCAGUCUCUCAGGCCUGCCGACUUCUCGUUUGACAACAUUGCACAGUUGCUUCAAGAACAGGCUACUGGCCGCCCAUGUGUCCUCGCUGACAAGUUACAAGCACUAACCAGCUCUAUGAUAAGCACAACCAGUGGUGGAUCUUCUGGUGGCAGUACCAGCCCACCCGUGUCUUCUCCUGCUAGGAGAUUAGACAUUAACAGAUUGCAACUAGAGGCUCGACUUCGGUUAUCUCACAGCAGACUUGGUAUCCACUCCAGCUUUACUUCUAUUCCCAUGAUAUCAACAAGCCCUCAUCAGCCAAGGAGGCCCUUGCCACCUCCUCUCUCCCCUGAACAGUCAUGGGCAUAUUCUAAUGUUUGAAACAAAGGUGACUUUACGUAAGAUAGAACUUGUGAAUUUAAAGAAACGUGUUUAUGUUUUAUUCGUUAUGCACCGUAGUGGAGUUUGGUGUUGGAAGUUUAAGAUGUAAAAUAAGAGUCGCGUUUAACCUAAUACAGCCAUGGAGCCAUUCCUGAUUUA